AGACGGCAGUACGCAUGCGCGAACCGCGAGACUGUAGUACGCAUGCGCGACACUAAAGACGGCAGAACGCAUGCGCGGACUCCGACGUUGCACUACGCAUGCGCGAGCCGCGAGACGGUAGUGCGCAUGCGUGACAUUAAAGACGGCUGUACGCAUGCGCGAGCCUCGAGAUGGCAGUACGCAUGCACGAGACGCGAGACGGCAAUACGCAUGUGCGAGCCUCGAGACGGCAGUACGCAUGCGCGACGUUGUAGACGGCAGUACGCAUGCGCGACACGCGAGACGGCAGUACGCAUGUGCGACACUGAAGACGGCAGGACGCAUGCGCGGAGUCCGAGGCGGCACUACGCAUGCGCCAGCCGCAAGACGGUAGUGCGCACGCGCGAAAGUGUAGCGGGCAGUACGCAUGCACGAUCCUUGAGACGGCAGUACGCAUGCGCGAGACCCGAGACGGCAAUACGCAUGUGCGAAAGUGUAGACGUCAGUACGCAUGCGCGAGCCGCGAACCGGCAGUACGCAUGCGCGACAUUAUGGACGGCAGUACGCAUGCGUGAACUUCAAGGCGGCACAACGCAUGCGCGAGACGCGAGACGGCAGUACGCAUGCGCGACACUAAAGACGGCGGCUCGCGUGUCAAACCCCCCGAGCAAAAAGGCAACGAACACGCAACACCGCAAGAGAGAAAAGAAGCGCUGAGCCCGAGGACCAGGAGUUGACUGCCCGCCCGGCCCUCAGGGCUUAGGAGGAAUGGAUGCUAAUUUUAAGCUUCACGGCGCAUGCGUAGCACUGCCUGGAGGACUAAGUAUAAUAAAGAUCGAAGGAUGGGCUGCGCAAGACCGGACAAUACAUAAAUGAAUUCCGCGAGUCUGUGGGCAUGCGUUUUGCUGCCUCCGCCUCCUAACAAACACGGCUGCAAUUCCACCGAUUGGCCAUGUGGUGGCACCAGGGAGCGCCGAAACUAAUUCUUCGCAGUUCCCACACUUGGCCACGAGAGGGCACCAGUGACCGUGGAAACCAUGCCGAUGCAGUUCCGCUGACUGGCCAUGAGGGGGCACGAGAUACCACGGGAACAACUCCCCCGACCGGUUUGACCGGUUCGCCAGGGACUGCGACGGGUAUCCGCUCGUCUCUUUCUUUUGAUAGCAGUGGAAAAAAAAAACACAGGAGAGGAAAGGGGGGGAGAAAGGGAGACGACUUAAAAAAAAACAAGGAAAACUUCGACUCACCCACCAAACUAGUCCUAAGUGCUUACCAUUACCUGCAAAUAAUUAAAUACAUAACCAGGAAAUUGAUCUUGUCACGUCUUUUUUUUUUUUUUUUUUUUUAAUACAUAUA